CUUGCAGCAAAAAUCUUUGACUGUGGAAGAAUAUACUAUGGAGUUUGAACAAUUAAUGAUGAAGUGUGAUGUUCGAGAAAAAGAAGAGCAAACCAUAGCAAGAUAUCUUGGAGGAUUAGACAAUGACAUUUCCAAAAUAGUUCAACUUCAACAAUAUUGGACUUUGGAUGAUGUCAUUCGGCUAGCAUUGAGGGUUGAAAAGCAAAUCUCAAAGAAGAAUAUUACUAUUCCUUCAAAACCACGAGAUUUUGAAGCUAGUCAAGGGACCCAAGCCUCAAAGAUUGUUGCUGAGACACCUGCCAAAGUUGAGAAGGAAGCUAGUUCAAGCCGAGAGAUUCAUGAAGUCUUAGAUGGUGAAGCAAAAAAGGAGAUUAGUGAUGAGAUUAAGCCACAACUUGAGGAAGAACUCAUUGCAGCUGACCAUGGAGAAUCUUUGGUUGUGCGUCGAAGUCCUCAUGAUACCAUAACCAAGGAUGAAGAUUGGCUCCGACGUAACAUCUUUCACACCAGAUGUACUUCUCGGGAGAAAGUUUGCAACGUCAUCAUUGACAGUGGAAGUAGUGAGAAUGUUGUGUCUAGUUAUAUGGUUGAGAAGCUAGGACUGCCUGUCAAAGAUCUUUCCCAUUCAUACAAGUUACAAUGGCUACGAAAGGGAAACGAGGUAAAAGUAACCAAACGUUGCCUUGUCUCUUUUUCUAUUGGUAACAAGUACCAAGACGAAGUAUGGUGUGAUGUUAUCCCCAUGGAUGCUUGUCACUUGUUACUUGGUCGCCCUUGGCAAUUUGACCGAAAGGCUAUCCAUGACGGCCAUGCCAACACCUACUCGUUUGUGAAAGAUGGUGUGAAGGUCAAGCUCACUCCCCUGAAGCCUAAAGAAACACUCGAAAAGAAGGAUGAGGACAAGGCUUUAAUCUCCAGAUCAACCUUUCAGAAGUUGCAUCAAGAAUCGAGGACAGCUUGUCUCUUGCUAUUAUCUAAAGUGAAUGAUGCCACUUCCCCUUUCCAGAGGAAAUUCAAUCUCUCCUUGAAGAAUUUUCUAAUGUUGUUCCUGAUGAGACCCUUCAUGGAUUACCGCGAACUCAACGAAGCAAGGAUUCUAUCAUGAUUGUGCCUACAAGAUCAGACUUCCAGGUGACUAUGGAGUCUCUGCUACUUUUAAUGUUGUUAACUUAUCUCCUUACUAUGAGGACCAUGAGCAUUGAACUU